AUGGAGAAUUGUGACAUUCUCAUCCAAGCAUUGGAGCGAUUCCUGCAGGAGGAAGCCGAAGAAAGGCAACCCGAUGCUCCGGCUCCAGAUUCGUCGGCCGCCGACGACAGACAACCCUCUGCUCUAGAUUUGCUGGCCGCCAUGCCCGUAGACGGCAGAGAGCGCUCUGCUCUAGAUUUGCUGGCCGCCACCGCCAGUGAGAGGCGAAGCUCUGCUCCAGCCACCAUCGCCAACAACAGGCAGCGCCCCCCUCCAGAUUCAUCGGCCACCACCGCCAACGGCAGACGACGCUCUACUUGCUCGCCGUCGGCUGCCAUGCCCGCUGACGAUACGCAGAGCUCGGCCCCAGGUUCAUCGGCCGCCAUCGCCAACAACAGUCAACGCUCUGCUCCAGGUUCAUCAGCCACCACUACCAACGACAGACCACGCUCUACUUCCGGCUCGCCGGCCACCAUGCCCACCAACGGUAGGCAACGCUCUGCUCCAUCUGCUUCAGAUUCCUCGGCCGCCAUGUCCGUGGACGACGAGCAACCCUCUGGUCCAAACAUGUUGAGCGCCAUGCCCGCCGAACUCGUGCACCAGGUGAUCCCAGAGCUUGACCCCGUGUCGCUCAUCAAUCUCAGCCAAGCCAGUCAUGGGUUUCGGGACAUCAUCAAACCAAGCAGGGAAGACUUCGUCGAUCGGCUUCUCGCCCUCGAGUGCACUGAAGAAUAUGGUGGUGCCGAAACAUUCAUCCACCGGCGAGUUUGGAGACCUCCCAGCGAGAUGCACAUGCACUACAGUCCAGAGCGGUACCCUUCAGCUGACGACACGAAAUGGGAGACCCAGCGAUUCGCGUGCGGCGGCUGUCUGAAGCUCCUGCCUCACUAUCAAUUUGACAAUCGCUCCAUUCAGCAUGAACCCUUUCGGAAACCCAUGUUUGGCACUCCGUCUGCCGAUAUCCCAACGACGUGGAAGCCGAACUUGAGAGGCACAGAUCGGAAACAUAUCAGCGGCCUGAGGAGGGCUCAGCGGAAGGAGCUUCGCCUGGUGGAGAGCGAGCUGCCAGAGGGCGACCCUGUUCUACUCCAGUACACAGCAGCGUUCAAAGCUCUCGGGCUCGACUUUAAGCGCGAGCUCAAUUCUCGGCUGGUGAGAGGAGUGGAUGAGUUCGUGGUAAACGCACAUGGACGGCCCGUGACGACCGUAAAUCCCCGGACUGUGACCAAGAUGCUCACGGAGAUUAGUCGCCGGGGUCAAAAGCGCCGCAACCGCCGAUGCAUUGAAUGUCUGUUCCAGAAACAGAGAGAUCUAUGCAAAGCCCCCCCCAGUAUCGGGGACAGAACUCCCCCCAUGAAAAGGAGUCGACACGUCCGUUGCGGAAGCGCCCUACGUCGGUACUUCCCGGGCUAUUCAGAGAUCUAUGGCAGACAGUCCCCGCCGAUUCCAAGCCUGAGAAUGCCAUCCUUUGUCCGUUUUGUAAGGUUCCAGGAGAUGUGGAAAAUGGUUAUGAUCCGAUGCUCUGGAUGCGAGGUCUGGCAAGAGAUGCGAGCAUUCCGACUUAGCGGGUCACUUCUGGGUUGUGCAUUCGAAAUUUCAGCGGAUUCAUGGGAGGGAAUGAUCGAGUGGGACGCGGAGAUCAUGGAGCAAGAGAGCCUCGGUGAAAGCGUUUGCAAUCGCUGCUUUGCCAACAAGCAUGGCACAGAUCUGCUGAAGCAGGUUCUGUUCCGAUGGCUGUCUUAUGAACAGUCGCAGGAGCUCGCACGCAUCGAGGCAUUGAUCAAGGUCGGCUGGAUCUCGAUCACGGACGCCCUCACGAGCUCCAAAUUCAACUCGGAGCCUUGGUCUAACCUCAGGAGAAUGCAUAGCAUUUCUCUCAAACGCAUCGCUCCAAUCCUCAGGAGAGAUUAUCCGCUCAACUUUGGCUCAAUGACGCUUCUGAGAUCAUGGUAUCAAGUGCUUUUCCGCAAGGGCACGCGCGACGAAGCGGAGAUUUUUGCAGACUAUUUCAGCCCAACGCGCAACUGGGAGUUUCAAUGGUUGAUGAACUUCCCGCUUCUCCAGUCGCACUGGUUCCAUCUCACGGACAUGAUAGAGGUGGUCCAGGCCGACAAAGACCGGCUUGUGAAUUGGGCUCUGGAUCCAAGUCUGGGCCUGCCAUUGCAUCGUAAGGAUGAGCGCUCCCUGAACAACAAGCGCAAUAAAGGGCCACGCAACCCUCCUUGCCUUUGA